CUCCCUUAAAAAAAUUGAUUAUCACUGAACGGGUCAGGUCAUUCGGGUCAAAAAAUCCGCCCAAAUGCACUUUCAUCUUCUUUGCCCGGUUCAUCACUAACACCACCCUGUUGUUGAGUUUUUUCCAGAAGGAAAGCCCGGUUCUGCAACUCCUCCUUCUGCCUACGAUUUCUCCAUAUUCAAUUGAUCGAUCAUCCUCCUCGUCCUGUUGGAUAAUAUUGUAAUUUCCCAUUAGGUUUUUCAGUAAAUAGGCGUUGAUGAAGAAGUUAUAUCUAUGAAAACUUCGCAUACUACCUGAUAUCAGUGACGAUUUCCUCAUGCUGUGAUGGCUUCCGACCAGGCAACUUGCGAUGGAAGCCUCUCAUCAACUGAUUUCCAAAAUGCUGCUAAUGCUUUUGCUCAAAAGUGGAACAAGUUCAAUUCUGGUUUUCCUGAAUGGUCAUGGAUUGAUUGCUCAAACAGAUUAGGGUUUGCAACUCACGGAGUUACUGAAGGAUAUUUGUCUUUACAGAAAGUAAUCUUUCCGAGAUCCAUGGAGGAAGAGCAUGAUAAAGGCAGUUCUAAUGAUCAAGAAGAACCUUUUGAUACUGCCACUUUGGUACAAAGCACCAUUGAUAGUGACAACGGAGAUCGGUAUGAUUUCCAUGUGGUUUACAGUUCUUCCUAUAGGGUUCCAGUGUUAUACUUCCAUGCACAAACUAGUGAUGGACAACCUCUGAACAUAGGUGAAAUCGAAAAGAACCUACCAAGCAAAUCGAGCGAUGUGCUGAUGGAAUCAAAAUGGACUUUCAUAACUCAACAAGAGCACCCAUACUUGAAUAGACCAUGGUACAUGUUACAUCCAUGUGGGACAAGCGAGUGGAUGAAGCUACUUCUUGCUGAUCAUGCUCAUAAUUCAACAGACAGAUACUUGGUAUCAUGGUUUACAGUGGUAGGCCAAGUGUUUGGUCUAAAAUUACCACUUGAAAUGCUAAAAAGCUAA